AUGAAUGAUCUCAAAUCACACCGUCCCAGCUUCUCUGACUCUGACUCGGACGCGCUGUUCGACACUCCCGCGGCGCGCAAGAACAAGACCAACGCUCCAGACGAUGCAAUUGACGCCGAAGAAGGUGCUGCCGCCGGCAAGGCGCGUACAAAGGAGUCGCACUACUCAACCAAGGAAGACCGCGAGGCGGCCCUGCGCAAGGAGCUCGAAAGCGUGCGCAAUGUCAAUAAAGUUAUUGAGGGGGUAGUGGAGAGUUUACAGAAGGCCAGGAACAACAUGGAUACAUGGACGCGCAUCCUCUCCCAGACCGAACACAACCAGCGCCUCAUCCUGAAUCCACAGUGGCAAGGCGCGACCCAGGAUCUCGUCGAUAUACAAGAGGAAGCAGUGCAGAAGCAACAGGCAGCAGAGCGAAGAGCAGCCGAAGAUCACGCGCGACGGGAAGCAGCUGCGCGAAAAUCGGAGGAUGAUCGCAGAAAAGCAGAAGCAACAGUGAAACCCGGCGCGCGCGGGAGAGGACGGGGAGGUGUGAGGUCACGCGGCGCAUCUACAUCAAGUACGGGUCACGUUGGCGUUGGCGGACAGACCGGCAGAGGCGGGCUGAAUCGCAGCAUUUCAACGAGCAAUCGAGCCGGAAGUGGCAUUGGGCGGGGUCUGCGAGGAAGGGGCAGAGGCUUGGGUUGA